AUGGCCCUUAAGUUUGUGAUCGUCCUCGCUUUGAUUGCUGCAGCCAGCGCCGCUGUUGUUGUGCCCGGCGCCCCAGUUUUGGCUAAGGCAGUUGCCCUCGAAGAAUUCGAUCCCCAUCCCCAAUACAAAUACGGUUACGAUAUUAAAGACGCAAUUUCUGGUGACAACAAAGGACAUGUUGAGGAACGCGAUGGCGAUGUGGUCCGUGGUGAAUACUCCGUAAUUGAUGCUGAUGGUUACAAACGCACCGUGACCUAUGUUGCCGAUCCCGUCAAUGGUUUCAAUGCCGUUGUCCGUCGUGAACCCAUCGUUGCCGCUGCUCCCGUUGUUGCUGCCGCCCCUGCUCCUGUUGUUGCUCCGGCCCCAGUCUUAAGAGCUGCUGCUCCUGUUGUUGCUCCUGCUCCAGUCUUGAGAGCUGCCGCCCCUGUUGUUGCUCCAGCUCCAGUGGUGAGAACUGCUCCAGUCUUUGCCCCCGCUCCAGUGGUCAGAACUGCUCCAGUUUUUGCCCCGGCUCCAGUAGUCAAGGCAGCUCCUGUCUUCGCUCCAGCUCCAGUUGUCAGACCGGCCCCAGUCUUUGCUCCAGCACCAGUUGUUAAAGCAGCUCCUUUUGUACCUGCUGCUCCAUUCAGUUCCUCCGUGACCUAUUCUGCCACAGCACCCUUUGUUAAGGCCGCUGCUCCUGUAGUAGCCGCACCACCCGCCUAUGUUCCCAGUGGUCCUUAUGUAGCUGCUGCUCCCUUCAACUAUGGAUAUGCUGUCCGCAGUUUUUAAGCGAGUAUAUUGUUAACUUAGUGGUUAUCGUUGUUGAUUAGUUUUUGUUUAA